UGUUUGGUCAGAUGCAUAGCAACAGUGGCAUGGAUCGUGUCGUAUGCUGUUGCCUUGUCCGCUGAGAGAGGGAUGUAAACUCCAACACCUAGGAGCGUGUCUCCAUCCGCCUUUAGAGUCCCGAAGAGACACAGACGCACUGUGCUCUGUAUGAACCCAGAUCUCCAAAGCGCUUCUCAGACACAUUCCCUCUGGGUCCCAUCAAGCGCACACAGUCCAUCCAUCCUGCUGCCGAACACCUCACACGCCGACCUGAACCUCCUUCUCCUCCUCCACCUCCAACUCCAGGCUGGCAUCUACAGCGCUUCUUCUGACGUUCAGCGGGAAUCUCAGUCGUCGGUCAGCUGGACAGCAGCUGAUUAUUAUUAUUAUUAUUAUUAUUAUUAUUAUUAUUAUUAUUAUUAUUAUUAAUACACCAUUUUCCUCUUUUCCGUCGUCUCAUUUCUUCUUCUGACUACAGACAAAAAAUUACUUAAAUGGACUUUAUGUGUCCUUUAGUUUCUGACUAUAUCUCUAAAUGAACCAGUGAUGUUUAUGGCCUCACUUCUGCUCACUUGUAAAUUUCCCACAUCCUUUCUUGUUUCAGAUCGUAGCCAUUUCCCUGACCACAAGCGUCACACAUCCAGAAAUAUGUUAAAGUUGAAGAUGUUGAAGAUGACCACUUUAGCCCUGUGCUUCGCCGGCAUUCUUGUGUUUUUAAAAGGACUCACUAAGUUCAAUAUUCAGUUCUCUCUUGAUAAUCAAACCCUCUGUGGGAUGUGUUUAUCCCCCAAAAAUCAGCUGUGCUUCCACCCCUUAAAACCCCCAGUUGAGCCGCUUUUGUCUGCGAACUACAACCUCUCAGAGGAUGAUUUCAACUGGUGGAAGCACUUACAGGAUGAAAAACAAGACUACAACACAUAUAAAGAAACAGUGAACAGCCUGUUUCAGACAUUCCCAACCAUCCUGGAGCCUUUAAAGCCCAGCAGAGACAGCUGUAAGACCUGUGCUGUGGUGGGAAAUUCUGGUAACUUGAAGGGAUCACGUCGUGGACCUCAGAUAGAUUUCCAUGAUUACGUCAUCAGAAUUAACGGGGGUCGCACCAAAGGCUACGAACACGAUGUCGGCACCAAAACAACUCAUCAGGUCAUGUAUCCAGAGAGUGCCAUGGAUUUAGACAACUCCACUCACCUUGUGUUGACCCCAUUCAAGAUACUGGAUCUAGAGUGGCUCAGGAUGAGCAUGACAACUGGAUUUCAUGGAACGUCCUAUGUUCCAGUAAAAUCAAAAAUAGCAGCCAACAAGGAUUUGGUGAUGGUGAUCAACCCAGCUUUCAUAAGACACGUUCAUGACACGUGGCUGGCAAAGAAGGGACGGUAUCCAUCCACUGGCUUUAUAACCUUGGCUCUUGCGCUGAACAUUUGCAAUGAGGUCCAUGUGUUCGGCUUUGGAGCAGACAAGGAUGGAAACUGGAAUCAUUACUUUGAGGAACUCCAGGACAAAAAGCAGAGAACUGGAAUACAUCCAGGACAACAGGAGUAUGAUGUUAUCCAGCAUUUAGAUGAGCAAAAACAAAUCUCCUUUUAUAGAGGGUGGUGAAUUCUUUUUUUUUUUUUUUUUCAGAAUUGAAAGCAGCCAGGAGUCUCAUACUCUUGCACAGCAAAAUGAGACUUCUCCUUUCCAGAGAGCUAGAAAGACAGAAGAUUUACAUAUGAUUUUUUUUUUUUUUUUUGGAUGUUAAAUAUUAUUUUUGUAAGGGUAGCAGGUGACUGAGCUGUAUGUAGAUGUAGAUGUUGUAAAACAUGGAGGAAUCAGGGUAUCAAACAAAUUACUGUUUGUUUGUAUUUAUUUCUGAACCAGGAUGCACUUUUAUAUUAUUGAAGGGAAUUUACUGUUAUGUAGAAAACAGAAAGUUUUGAUGAGGUACAGUGUAUAGGAGAUUGUCAAAUCAUCCCCUCAAUCCUCAAGUGCAGGAAGUCUUAUGAAGUAAGGCCUUCGGAUUUUGUUUUUGUGUACUCAUUUACUCUUGUUACGGUGCCAAUCAGCAUAUGUAUUUACACGUACUAGACUUGUUGGACUUGUUUAUGGCAAAUGGGGAUAUUGUGGGUAGUGAAUUUUAACAGUUGUUUGUUGACAACUGUUGAUUUGUCGUGGUGGUAAUAAGAGAAUAAAUCUGCCAGUAGACAACAAACCUAAGGCCUUGUUUAUUUGCAUCUUACAGUAUGUUUGAACUUAAUUUUCUGUUUGUUUAUUUCUUUAAUUGUAUUUCAGCCAUUGAAUUAAAUAAAAACUGAUAAAAAUAAAUAGCAAAUAUUCAGCACAACCCCGAGGCUGAAAACCUUCAGAGUGACCAGAUCUUUGAACAACAAGAAACCUUGAGCAGAACCCAGUUCCUAUGGAGGGACACGUCUGCUUAAGACUGCUGUGGUAAUUUUCCAUUAAGCAUGUUUUGUACUCGUUUGCUCGUUUCAUGUGUACUGAAGUAGUCAGACAGUUA